AUGGAUAUUUUGGGAAAUGGACUUCUAUUAAAAAGGGUGCUUAAAGCAGGCAAUGGUCAUAUGACACGACCCACACAUGGUCAGCGUGUUGCAUUGAAAACUGAAGGCAAAUUAGAAAAUGGGACCAUUAUUGACAAAAAUGACAGAAUUGAAUUUGUUGUUGGAGAUGGAGAUGUUAUUUCUGCUUGGGAUAUUGCAGUUGCUUUGAUGGAUGAAAAUGAAAUUGCUGAAUUGAGAUGUGAUGCUAAAUAUGCUUAUGGCUCUUUAGGAAGAUCCCCAGAAAUUCCUGGAAAUGCAACAAUUACAUACACACUUGCACUCAUAGGUAAAGAAGAUGGACCAGAUUAUAAUUUUAUGUCGAUUGAUGAAAGAAUUUACCAUGGAUCUUUAAAAAAGGAACGGGGCAAUUAUUUGUUUUCUAGGAGUGACUACCGUGGUGCUAUUAACUCUUACUUAAAGGCCAUUAGUAUUAUUGAUAAUGAGAAUGUGUCUUUUGAAGAACCUCCUAAAAAAUUACAGCAAUUACUUGAGGAUAAGAUUAAAUGUUAUAACAAUUUAGCUGCUGCACAGUUGAAAGCAGAUUAUUAUGAUGCAGCUAUUAAAUCAUGUGAAGGAGUUUUAAAACAUCAUCCUGAAAAUGUAAAAGCCUUAUUCAGAAUGGGAAAGGCAUAUGCUGCUAAAGGGGAAACAAAAGAAGCAAUUAUGCAAAUGAAAAAAGCACUAAAAUUAGAACCUGAAACAAAGAUAAUUCAUCAAGAGUUAUCAAAACUCACGAAAAAGCUAACCAAAGAGACCCAGUCUGAACGUAAUAUGUACAAAAAGAUGUUCAGAACUACUAAAACACCUGUCAAACCUUCUGUGGAACAUUCGCGAUGGAAGUGGCCUGUAAUAGCUGGUAGUUUGGCUGUUGUUUUACUUUCUGUUGGUGUUGCUUACUUUCGUUAUAGACAACAUUAG